GUCCUCGCAAGAAUUAGCUCAUCAUUCAUUUUCACCAUGUUUUGUUAAAUUUGUUUGUAGUCAAUAAACUUGUCAGUCAUCUCCAAACCACUUAGACUUUGGUUUUGAUCAAGAACUGGUUGACUGUUGCUGAUGUGGCGAUAAAACUCAUCGGGGGAUCUCGAGGUCCAACUAAGCAGCAAGCUAACUAAAUAAAAUAAGUCGUAGUGAAGUCGGAUUGCAAUUAGCACUUCCUUGUCCCCGGCCUUGUUAGCAGACAGCAGGUCAUGUCCAAAUUAGCAUGAGAUGUGAUUUGUGAGACCAGCUCAGCUGAAUUUUGAAGGAGGCAUCAAAAGCAUCAAUAACUUUGUAACAACUGUUGAGCUGAGAAAGUUGAAAAUAACAGUAGAGAAAAUGGAUUCUCACACAGUGAGAGCAUCAUUAUAUACAUCAUGCAUUUUGUUUGUUUUAGUAUCUCUACAAGGUUCUUACUCAGCAUACCUGGGUCAAAAGAAUUCAUUAAAUUUCAUGGUACUCGCUGACUGGGGCGGGCAGCCAAAUUAUCCAUUCUAUACGACCUGCGAGGAGUAUGUUGCCAAACAGAUGGGAGACCUCGCAUCGAAUUAUGCAACCCAGUUUGUCCUUGCUCUUGGAGACAACUUCUACUAUGAUGGAGUUCAGAGCGUUACCGAUCCUCGAUUCAAUGAAACAUUUGAAAAUGUCUUCACAGCAGAUUCCCUUCAGGUUCCAUGGUACGUGGUGGCGGGGAACCAUGACUGGCAUGGCAAUGUUACGGCUCAGAUACUUUACUCCAAUGUGUCCAAGAGAUGGAACUUUCCGUCCUUAUAUUACCUGGUGCGCUAUCAGAUCCCUUCGACACAAGAAAUGGUUUCUUUCAUCAUGAUUGACACUGUCUCGCUGUCUGGCACCACGGAUGACUCCAAUGUCCUGCAGCAACCAACAAAGCCCAAAGACCUCUUCCUUGUUGAAAAGCAGUUUUCCUGGAUUGAGGAUCAGUUGAAGGCUACUAUGAACGACACCUAUGUCAUUGUUGCAGGGCAUUACCCUGUGUGGUCAAUUGCAGAGCAUGGACCAACAGAGUUGCUUGUCGACCGUCUUCGCCCGCUGCUGAUCAAGUACAACGUGAAUGCUUACUUCAGCGGUCAUGAUCACAACCUGCAACAUAUCAGGGAAGACAACUCGUCUGUAGAAUACUUUGUGAUUGGAUCAGCACACGAGGUUGAUCCUUCAGUGGCUCACAAGAAGGAUGUGCCAGAAAACUGGGUGAAGUUCCAUUAUGCUGAUGAGUCUAGCCUUGGAGGGUUUGCGUACAUGGAAGCAACAACUUCUGGAAUGGACUUCACAUUUGCUGACGGAAGAGCUGGUAAAAGCCUUUACCAUGCAACCAUCAAACCUCGAAAGAUGUAAAAUGUUUGAAUUGAGGGUCAGGUUUUAUUUUGAUUGUGUUUUCCUUAUGUCAGCAGUUGAUUUUUGAAAAAAAUUUGAAUUUUCAUUAACACCAAAGUUACAGACUAAAUAAAAAAAGUGUUUGAAUAAAUUUUGAUUGAAAGAUAUAUAUGAUGUUUUGUUGAAUAUGGUCCAUUUUAUAAUCUUAUGCAUAUUGAUUACAAUGUAAUUUGAGAUUUGAGAUUUAAGUUUAGCUUCUCACUUUCUUAGAAAUAGGAAGAUCACCCUCUUAAGUUAACUUUUCUGAUACCAUCAAAAUAAUGAAGCAUCUUGGUUCCAUUUAAAGAUUGAUUUAUGUCAAAACAUUGAAUUUGUCUCAAGAAUGUUCUGUUUGUAUUCUAAACAAACUUUGAAUUUGCUUAAUUGUAUCUUGCUAUUUCAUACUUCUUUUGUAUAAUGUAAGUUAACUGGUAUUUCUACAUCUUAGAAGGAUUUGCUUAUUUUCUUACAUUCACUGAAAGAAUUACCCACUUGUUGAAUUAAAUUUGUUUAUCAGAGCUACAUGUACCUACAUAUAACUGAAAUUAGAAGCUUCUUUCAUUUAGUUGGCAUUUUUGGUUUCACUUUCUGAAAUAUCAUUCAACUUUAUUUUAAACAUUCAUUUUCCUAUAAAUGCAAUCUGAACAUCUGAAACCAUGCAUACUCCAAAGUUUGAACAUGAUAAUAAGAAAAAAUUAUUUUGUUUAUAUGACACCUAAUAAUAGCUCUAAAUGUCGCUUAGAGACAUGUUUUGUGAUAACCGCUAUAAAAUUGAUGUUACUUAAUUUGUGAUAAUUGUAAAUGUUAAUUGUGAUAAUUAUAAUGUUAAUUGUGAUAACCACUAUAUACAUAAUGUUUUUUUUAAUUAUUAUCAUUGUCACUUGAAAUGUAUGAAUUUUGAUGCAAAAUAUGCUCAAAUAAUUUUGUCAUAAUUGAUAAGAUUCCUGUUGAAAAUUCUAUGCAGUCUAUGUGUCAUAUAUUCUAUGCAAAAAAAAUAUAUUUUGAAAUUAUCAUACAUGAUCCUACAUGGAGGUAUGUACAUUAACUAGCAAAUUAUGACAUUUUCAUGAUUGCAGUCAAACUGAGUACUUUCUUUGUAUUUAUAUGAUUCCUAUAAUAAAUCAUAUUACCAUCAUAGUACUUAAUGAUCA